AUUUUAUAUUCGAAUUGUAUUUAAAAAGAGUCCAGUUUGUUAAACAAUAUCGCUUCGUAGGUGUUAAUUUUAUUUUAUAAUCGCACUUAAAGAAUCAUGCAAGUCGCUAAAAUAUUAAUUUUUACUCUGUUUUUAAUAUCUUCAUUGGUGAAUAUUGCUGUUGGUGGAAACGAUGCAGAUGAUUCAGGUUCCAUUGAAAUACCGGUUAGAAAACAGAACACCAAUACCAAAAACAACGGGUUCUCGGUGUUCCGACCGGCAGACGACGCCCUCUUCAAUUUCAUCAACAAACUAGUAAACACCAGCUACUUGUCUUCGAAGAUGCUCCUCAACAGGGCCAGAACCCAAAGCGAAAUCCGUCGCCAGAUCGAAGACCAAGUGGAGGAAUUCCUCGAGAACCUACCCACCAUACCCAUCCCGAUUUUAGACCCGCAGACCGAACCCAAAUCCAACCACAACCGCAAAGACGACAACUAAACCAUACAAUAGAAAAGUUUAUUAUAG